GCCGUUCCCAACCCAGACCACGCCGUCCCCAACACCAUCCAUGCCAUUCCACAGAUUAGCUGCUGUACCUGUAGUACUAUUAUGUCUCGCCGCAGAGCUUGCCGCAAUGUUCCCACUCUUUGGAGCAGCAUCGCCACAACCUAGCAGUAAGUGCCAAAGAAAAUGCGGCAGCGUAGACAUCCCUUACCCAUUCGGCAUCGUCCAUUCACCCGACGACGACGGUGACGACGACGGCCACUGCGCCAUGAACGGCUUCGGCCUGACCUGCAACGAGACAGGGAUUAAUGGUGGCCGCCACAGGCCAUUUGCAGCUGGCAACGUGGAGGUCGUCGGCGUCUCGCUGCAGCAAGGUCAGGCCCGGAUGCUGAAUGAUAUCUCCUAUUAUUGCUACAACACCACCACUCGGGAGAUGGUCCGCGACGAGUGGUCGCUGGACUUCGCAGGCACACCCUACAUGUUCUCUGACACCACCAACAAGUUCACGGUCAUCGGUUGCCAAACCCUGGCGUACAUCAACGGCGACGAUGGCGACUUCGGCGAUGGCGGCGACAAGUACAUGAGUGGGUGUGUGGCCAUGUGCCGGGGAGACGAUGUGAGGUCGACCCUGAGCAACGGCUCCUGCUCCGGGAUAGGGUGCUGCCAGACCGCCAUCCCCAAGGGGCUGCAGUACUACCACGUGGAGUUCGACUCUGGCUUCAACACGACCGAGAUCCACAACGUCAGCCGCUGCAGCUACGCGGUGCUCAUGGACUCGUCCAGCUUCACCUUCUCGACGACCUAUGCGACCUCGCCGGCGUUCAUUAACAACAACGGCGGCCAGGCGCCGUUCGUCGUGGAUUGGGCCAUCGGGAACGAGACGUGCGACGUAGCCCGCAAGAAGCCUGGGUCCUACGCGUGCUUCAGCAACAACACUGAGUGCUUCAACUCGCUCAACGGACCAGGCUACAUCUGCAACUGUUCCAAAGGCUUUCAUGGUAAUCCUUACCUGCAUGAUCCGGAGCACGGAUGCAAAGACAUUGAUGAAUGCAAGCUCCCCCAACUGUAUCGCUGCACAAAUGGCGGGGUCUGCAGAAACAGGCUGGGA